AUGCCAGACGAACUUCCCAACAACGUUCUUGAGGCGAAUGCAGGCUUUCAUCGUGAAAUAUCACUCAAUUCCUCGACCCGACAAAGCGCGGAAGAAGAACUGUCCUGGGGUGUGGACACCCGAAUCCCGGUUCCUCCUAAACGUUGUGCAUUUGCUGAGGUGAAAGUGAAAGAGGAACAAAUANGUAUGCGAGCCGUGUUCUAUUACAAACAGAAUUUCAUUUGCGGCAUCGAAGGCGAUCUGGGCACCAUUGUUGAUAACGAAUUACGUUCACGAAGUCACCGAAAAGAUCAGGACCGACCGCACGUAUGGGUCGAACCGCGAAAAGGUGUACCCGGUAAAAUAGUCCUAAUCGAGACGACCGGACGUUGUCUGUUCCGAUUCGGUGUCCAUCAGGAGGUCGAAGUGUCCGAGAAACAUCUACAGUAA